CUGUUCUUUGUCAGACUGACCGAGUAAACCUGCCAGAGUAUUCUUGCUGCUCCAGUUCACAAAAAUGAAGCCAUCCGUUUGUUUGACAUUCUGCUUCCUUUUUCUUAUUGGAAUUAGGGACAAUGUGAGCGGUAAAGUCGUGCUCAGUACAGGCCUCCACUUCGAUCCGGGGGUUCUGUAUGAGUAUGAGUACAGCACGUCUAUGGAGGUGGCUCCCAUCUCUGAGGAUUUUGGAGAAGCUACUGCAUUCACUGUGCUAGCAACCAUACACAUCCAUUCACUAUGGAGGAACAGCCAGCAAGAACAGCUUCUGCAAUUACAAAUUCAAAAUCUAAAACUUAAUCCCAAUUCAAGUGACUCCACCAGCAAACCUUUGGUCCUUGGUGACAUGGCGAGUGGCUCUGAACAUGUUAAGGAACCAUUUCUUGUGCAUAUUCACUCAGGAAAGAUUAAAGGAGUUUUUGAUGUUUCUUCGGACAACACGGUCAGCUUGAAUUUCAAAAAAGGAUUGGCGAUGCUGCUCCAAAUUCAAGCUCAGUCUGGAACCAUUAAGGAAGAUGACACAACAGGACAGUGCCAGGUCUCAUACCAUAUGUCAGGGGAUGACAUUAUCAAAGUCAAACAUCAUGAAAACUGUGAAAAGAGAAUGACUGAUGGGAAGAUGUUUGCUAACCAGUUCUUUAGGGUGAGUUCAGGUGGGAGCUCUGAAACAGUUUUCACUAUGGAUGGUAGCCACAUAAAAUCAGUCAUUUCAGAGGAAUUUGGCUCACUGGUUUUAGAUGAAUAUCCUACAGUAGGAAUCCACAUUUCUUCAAGGCAGUUGUUGCAGCUCUUAUCUACACACUCUGGUCCUAAUGAGGCACAGGGAGCACUGCAGGACAUGCUCAGGUCUCUCAAGGCAGGCUAUGUGAAUCAUACCAUUCAUGCAAUACCUGCUGUCAGGCAGCCUGCCAUCAAGAGAUAUUCAGUUCCUAAAAUCCUAGCUCAUUUGAAAGCAAAAGAGUUGCACACUCAGUCAACGACAGUGAACAUGUUCCUCCAGCUGUCAGAAUCCCUGCGAAAUCUGGAAAUGGUUCAAAUAAAAAAUAUUUUGAAAAAGGCUCAUGCCAAUUUUGUUCCUAUUCUGAUAGAUGCAGCUGCAGCGGCCUCUACACCUGCUUCCCUGGAGGCCCUUGUCUCUUUUAUCAACAUCCCAAAUCCAAAGACAUCACCGCUGCUGGAGAAAUUUCUCUACGCCUGUGCAUUCUCUUCUCAGCCAUCCACUCAUUUAAUUAAUAUCAUCACUCACAUCCUUACACACACAUCUGCACAGUGGGAGACACAUGAAAUGGCUCUCAUUGUUCUUGGGACAGUAAUCCGGAAAAUGUGUUCUGCAGACAUGUGCUACCUUCAGGAAGUUGAACAUGCUAAGGGACUUAUUGUGAAAGGGCUGAGUGCAUCCACUGAAGAAAGAGAGAUAAAGUCCUACCUGCUAGCCCUAAAAAGUGCUCGCCUUCCAGAGACAGUGCCUGUCCUUCUCCAGUAUAUUGAUCACUCCAAAUCUGUGUCAAGCAUUGUACUCUCAGCAUUGCAGGGCUUUCCACCUCAAUAUAUCACAAAAGAGGUUAAGGAGCAUGCCAGAAACAUAUUUAACCAAAGAAAGAAGUCUUUUUCCGUUCCUGUACGUCUGGAUGCUGCUCAGCUCUUGCUUAUGUAUGAUCCUCUGGACAUAGAUGUCCAAGAGAUAAUCCUGAAAAUUGCAGAAGAAAAGCCUGAGGUCUCCAAGUUUCUUACCACCAAAAUUAUGAGCGUGCUACGGUCAGAUUCUCCUGCCAGAAAUGUUAUUCGUAAUGUGUUGAAAGACCCAAAACUGAAUAAUUAUUUCCAUCUUGCACGAUCUGGUUGUUCUUCUUCAUAUGCUGGACUGAUGACAGAGAACAAGAACAUGCUUGCAUCAUAUGACUUUGAAUUUCUCUUUUCUGAGUCUGGAGCUCCAAAGCAAAGCAAUAGCCAAUUCUAUGCCCAAACCAGAGGGAGAAGUUUGCAUUUACUGCAGGUUUCUCUAGAGACAAGUGGUCUUGAUUCUCUGUUUGGGACUGAAGCAACAGGAGCAGAAGAGGAAGAGUUAAUGGCAGGAAUGUCAGCCAUGUUUCUGGGUGUGCAGAUCCAGCCCAUUGUCUUCUUCCAGGGCUAUGGAGACUUGAUGAGCAAGUAUUUCUCAGCAGGUGAAGGACCAAUGAACAUUAUCUCUGGAAAUAUUCUCAUUCUCGAUAACAGACAGAGUCUAAUUCUCCAGUCUGGACUACAAGCUCAUGGUGUUUUUCAUGGUGGUCUUUCUGUUGACGUAUCAGCUGAUUUGGCAUUCAGCAUAUUCACUCAGGAGUCAAAAACCUCUGUCAAUAACAAGUUCUCACUAAUUGUCAGUGCCAAGGCAGAAGUGGACGCUCCACUCAUAAGCACUACAGCUGAGACUGUGGUGAAGAUGGACCCUUCUGUCAGAUUUGUCACCACUGUUAGCUUCUAUGACACCCCUGUACAAUACUGUCUGCAGCUCAUCAGAGAUCCUCUGCUUUACAGAGAGAGUGUGUCUACCCGAGUAAACAUUCAAAACAGAACAAAACUUGUUCAGCGACGCAAACAAAAAUGGACUCUUUCCGGAGAAGAGGCAGCAUUCAAUAAGGAAAAUUCAAAGAUGUGUAGAAAUCUACUUAACCCAAACUCCAAAUAACAAUAAAAUAAAUUUGAGUCUUCAUGAUCAUCCACUCAUAAAGAGCAUCGAGUUUCUCAUUCGUUGAGUAUAACAGGUGGAUAACACUGUAGCUGUAUAUGACUACACAAGUUCGUGCCUCAGAGACUAAAGGGACAUGCUAAGCAGAGUGUUAUAACAAAUGAAACCCUUUACAAUUCAGACAAGCGAGAAAAACAAAUCAGUAAACUACUUUUCAAUGUU